UUGAUAUUAAUAUUUUUGAAUAGCCUACAUAUUUGUCUUCUAUGGUACAAAAAAUAAAUGACCACUUUUUUCAACUUUUUGAACUAACGCCUUAAAGGAGGGAGGAGGACAUCUCAAAAUAUCGAAAAUUUGAAAUGUGACAUUUCGUGAUUUUUUCAUGUUUUAGCUCCAUUUGGCUUUCGAAAUAUGACACGUAGGAUGCUAUUUACAUUUGUCAGGGAGUCAAAAGGUGUUAAUAUAACAGAAAAAUGCAAAAAUCUGGAAGGAUACAUCCUUAACUUUGGACCAUUUUCUGAUGAGGGUGAAAUAAAAGUAAAACGAGAAAUUCGUCGGUUGAAGUCUGAAAUUGUAUCAAAAUGGAAAAAAUUACAUGCUAUAUGGGAUAAAUUCGAAAAGAAUAACAAAGGAUGGCUGAAUGGAAUCAUUUCACUUCCUAAACCUCUGAGCUCGUCCUCUCAAAGAGUUGGCCGUCCAAAAACAAAAUUCUAUGAUUCGAGUGAAAGAACCAAGAGAAGAAAAACGGAAACUUUGAGAAGAGACAAUGACCUGGAAGAACUUACUUUUGCAACUCAAGUAAAAUUAGCUAAUGAAGGGAAACGUGAUGCUUCGCUCGUGCUGAAUGAAAUCACUUCUACACCCAAACGAGCCACUGCCUAUAAAAAAGCGUUCAGUGCAAGUAAAUCCAAAGAGAAGGUACAACUAACACCGCAACAAGCGUUAUCAAUGUUCAUCGAAGUAGACUUAUCAAAGGGGCAGUACGAAAUCAUAAGAAGUUAUAAUCCAUCUAUGUAUCCAUGCUACAGUAAGAUCCAAGAAGUCAAAAAAGAGUGUUACCCCGACAAAGAAUCUAUUACUGUCACCGAAACUUUAGCAGAUAUUAAGCUUCAGAAUUUGAUGGAUCACACUGUAUCCAGAUUAGUAGACAGAUCUUUACGAAGUAGUUAAAACGCUUGACGAAGAAGAAAGAAAUGCCUUGGAACUCAUAUGUAAAUGGGGAUGCGAUGGAGCGCAACAAGUGCAAUUCAAACAAAAAUUUGUAUGUGACUUCGACACGGACGCUAACUUGUUCCAAAGCUCACUUGUCCCAUCAGGCUGAGAUUUAUAAAAUCGUAUUCAUGCCCGAAUACGAUUCUUUGAAGAUGUUUUACAUUUGGCCUAUAAACUACCAGUACAAAAGUGGCAGCUCAGAAGCGACGAAGAAAAAGAAAAAGUCAAACUCAGGAAACUCGCAAUCCAAAGCGAAUUUAAGUCAAAGAUGGGUCUUAUUGUAGGUGUCCCAAAGGCAAAUUUCGGCAACACGAAUGACGGCAAUACCAGUAGACGAUUUUUUGCAAACUACGAACUGUCUGCAGAAAUUAUUGGUAUAGACGCGACAUUUAUCUAUCGCCUGAAAAUUAUUCUGGAAGUUUUGUCGAGUGAGCAUGAGGUGAAUACGAAAAAAUUUUCGGUUUUCGCUACAGAAACGGCAGAACUUUAUAUCCAGCUGUAUUCUUGGCAUCCGAUGACCCCCACGCUCCACAAAAUACUUAUCCAUGGGCCUCAAGUGAUAAGACAUGCUUUGCUGGCAAUCGGACAACUGACUGAGGAGGCUGCUGAAGCCAGGAACAAAUACUUACGCCUGUAUCACCAAAACUUUCUCGAAAAUUUUCUCGACAAGAAUGUAACGCGGACAUAUUAAACAGGUGAAUUAUCUUUAUUUAGUACUAAUAAUACCUGUUAUGUACCGUCUUUUUUUACAGACUUCUUCUAAACUCGGAUCCUGUAAUGACGGGAAUGAGACCGAGAAGAAGAAAGUUGUCGGAACCUUUCUCAAAAGACACCAUAUCAAUGUUACAGUCGACUGUAUUUAAUUAGUAUUUACUGUAGUUGAAUUAAUUAAUAUUGUAGUUAGUAUUAAUUAUUAUUGUUGUAGUUGUCGAAACCUUUCUCAAAAGACACCAUAUUAUUGCUACAGUCGACUGUAGUUAAUUAGUAUUGACUGUAGUAUUAUUUUGCAGUAUAUACUGUAGGUGGUAUUGACUGUAUUAAUUGUUAUCAUGUUAGAAACAUGAUUACAAACCAAAAAUAAUUUUGGCCUCCCAGAUUGAUGAAAUACUCCUAUGUGCGCCGUAUAAAGGCAGAACGGUAUUCGCAAAAAUUAAGUCUUGGGAAAAUGGAUGUUUUAAUUAAUUUUUUAUUUAAAUUAGUUUAUUCUUAACAUAUUGAUUUAACUUAUUAUUAGAAACUUUUGACUAUGUUUUUUGCCUUAUUUAUUUAGACACACUGAUAUAAAAUUGCUUGGGCCUUAAUAUAUAGUGAGGUUUUGUCGCCUGCAUUAUUUGCCUCUGUAAAACUACAUAAAAUAUUACACCUACCAUAUUAUUGCAUUGAAAAAAUUUGUAAAAAUCGCGAAAAAUUGUUGAGUCAUCAUUUUGGUUUUGUUCGCAUUAAAAUUAAAAUUUCUCCAUUAU